AUGCAAGCUGCACAACAAGGAGUAGUCCGAAACAGUGAAAAACUAAGCUCAUCUCAUUCACCAGUAAGAAGUGCACCUGGCCCCAGUAGGCAGGGCUUAGUGUACCAAAGCCCUGGUAACUGCCUCCAUCAUGAUCCAGAAGUAAACAGAGCUCCAGGAGUUUAUGAUUGGCGAUUUGGAGAUCCUCUGUUCCAUUUGCUCACAGAAUGUAGAAUAGGUCACUGUGAACGAAACUGUGAAAAUGAAUAUAAGACUUAUAUUAUGGUUGCAGUCAUCCUUGGGAUUGUAUCAUUUAUUUUAAUUUACCCUAUUUGCAAACGUUUUAGAAAAUGCAAGCAAAAUGAUGAACUUCAGAGACAUAAUGAAGAACUUCAGGGAGAGAUUGAUAGGAGGAAGGCUCAAUAUAAGUCUGACUGGAGGAAAAUAGCGUUAUACCCUGAUUGGAGGAAAGAAGAGUUCCAGGCUGUAAACAUGACCCUGGAUGCAGAAACUGCCCAUCCUGCACUCUUCCUGUCUGAACAGAGACGUGUAACAUGGCAAGAAGUGUGGCAAGAUCUACCUGACUCCCCACAGAGAUUUCAUUCCCUUCCCUGUGUGCUGGGUCAGCUGAGUAUCACCUCGGGGAGAUACUACUGGGAGGUAGAUAUUGGGGAUACAGCUUCCUGUGAUCUGGGAAUCUGUAGGGACAAUGUAACAAGGAAGGGGCAAGUCACAAUAUCCCCACAAAAUGGUUUCUGGGCCAUCAGGCUUUAUGAGGAGGAGUACUGGGCUCUCACUUCCCCAGAAACUCAUCUUACUCUGAGAGUGUCCCCCUGUAGGGUGGGGAUAUUCCUAGAUUAUGAAGAUGGAGAUGUGUCAUUCUAUAACAUGACAGAUGGGUCCCAUAUUUUCACCUUUACCCAGAUUUUGUUCCAAGGUGCCUUAAGACCUCUUUUCAGGCUUUGGAACUCUGACUCAGGCACCUUGACCAUUGUCCACUGAAGGAGAACAGAGUGAUGUUGUAAUUCAGAAGUGUACCCUGAUCACAAAAUGAGAGUCCUAAUGUUGAUUGCAAUUCUACCUAACAAUCCAAAAAUUGCAUUUUUGUUUUUCCUUAUUUGUUAAUUGUCAAAAUGAAGCUGAGGGGCACAGAUUCUGAUUUUGCAUUAUAUUCACUUUUUUUCUCCCUUAUUAAUAGAUCUCUUGACCUGAGACAGCCUGGUUUAAAAAUUAGAUUUCCUAACUCCUCGGUUGCAUGUGACUAGAUGUUGGCCAGUUUAAUAUAUGUUGAAUUGUGCAAUGUGAUUUCCAAGAUUUGCCUUUAAAGGGAAAUGGUAUGUCUUUCUAUGCUGUUUACUUUUUCUCCUGGCUCGAUAUGA